AGAGGGUCCUGGACUGUAGUCCCCUAACUCCCGCCCUGCGCCUCUAAGUGGUUGGGGUCGGGCCCCUCCUAGCGUCCCUAUCUAGGUCACCAGCGGGGAAGGGCUGAGCCGGGGGUGGCUGGAGGGCGACGAGCGGGCCGGCCGCCCCAGAGGUGGGCGAAGAGUCCGCGGUGGCCGGGCCUGCCCCCCUCACUCCCACUCGAUGGUAAUUCCAUCCCGGGCGGGUCAAGCCUCUCUCCCUCCCACGGCCAGCCGGUCCCUCCCCGUCGGCUUCCUUCGCCGCCCCCGCCUCCCCCCACCUCCGAAGACGCCGCGGCUCCAGGAGGACUUCACUCCCGGCAGCUGCCCUGCCUCGGCGCACUCCCCGGGGGGUCCUGGGCCAGCGCCCUCAGCCCUGCACCUCCGCACCCUGCUCGCGGGGACCCGCGGGGCCGCCCCCCCCCACCUCCCCCGGGAGACGCCCUUUCCCCGCGCGCCCGGGACUUGGUGAAACUUUGCGGGCGCCCGCGGUGCAAUGGAUUUGAUCCGAGGCGUCCUGCUCCGGCUCUUGCUCCUGGCUACCAGCCUCGGACCCCGCGCAGUGUCGCUCCGAGCAGCUCUCCGAAGGCCAGGCAAGGUGGGGCCGCCUCUCGAUAUCAUGCUGUCCUCAUUGAACUGCACAGCUUUCAGCAUCCAGUGGAAAAUGCCAAGGCAUCCCAAGAGCCCCAUCAUUGGGUAUACUGUCUUCUUCUCUGAGGUCGGCAGGGAUAAAUACCUGCAGGAGCAAUCCCACAGCGUGUCGCUCAGCCAGGACAGCCUGGCCAUGGGACAAUCUGAUCAUCCAGUGAUUUUUGAGGAAGUGAUUGGAGAUUUGAAGCCAGGCACUGAAUAUCGAGUGACCGUAGCAGCUUACAGCCAGACUGUCAAAGGGCGGCUUAGCUCUCCUCAGUAUGUUACCACUUUGCCCCAAGAUUCCUGCCUGCCUCCAACAGCACCCCAGCAGCCGCACAUCACUGUGGUCUCUGAUUCUGAGGUGGCCCUAUCUUGGAAACCUGGAAAGAGUGAAGGAAGCUCUCCCAUUCAGUACUAUUCUGUGGAAUUCAUUAGACCGGAUUUUGAAAAGAGUUGGACCUUAAUCCAAGAGCGGAUCCAGAUGGACUCCAUGGUUAUCAAGGGCCUCGAUCCAAAUACCAACUAUCAGUUUGCCGUGAGGGCCGUGAAUCGCCACGGCUCCAGCCCCCGCAGCCAGCGCAGCCACACCAUCAGGACCUCCUGCCCCGAGGAAGGAGGAAGUGGCCGCUAUGGACCUUGUUAUAUCACCAACAUGGGCGUUGGUGUGGAUGAUGAGGGAUUUGAAGAUGACUUAGAUUUGGAUAUUUCCUUUGAGGAGGUGGAACCACUUUAUGCUACUAAAAGAAGAAAUAGGAAAUUUUUUGUGGAAUCCAAGAUGGCACCCAAGUCAAACCCAAAGACUGUUUCUAGGCUUGUCCGCCCUACGCUAGCAUCUCUCCCAACAACUACAGUGGCUCCCCAGCCCACUCCAUUGGAGAGGAAAGGAAAGAAUGAUGUGGCUAUAAUGCCAAGGCUCUUUGACAUGUCUUGUGAUGAAAUUCUCUGCUCUGCUGAUAGCUUUUGUGCCAGUGACUACACCUGGGGGGGCUCACGGUGCCAUUGCAACCUGGGCAAAGGUGGUGCGACCUGCUCAGAAGAUAUUGCUAUACAGUAUCCUCAGUUCUUUGGCCACUCCUAUGUAAUCUUUGAACCUCUGAAGAACUCCUAUCAGGCAUUUCAAAUUACUCUUGAAUUUAGGGCAGAGGCAGAGGAUGGCUUAUUGCUCUACUGUGGAGAGAAUGAAUACGGGAGGGGCGACUUCAUGUCUCUGGCCAUUAUCCGACGCUCACUCCAAUUCAGGUUUAACUGUGGAACCGGGGUUGCCAUCCUCAUAAGUGAAACCAAAAUCCGACUAGGGAGCUGGCACACGGUGAUGCUCUACAGAGAUGGGCUGAACGGGCUGCUGCAGCUGAACAACGGCACCCCGGUGACCGGCAAGUCCCAGGGCCAGUACAGUAAAGUUACCUUCCGCACGCCCCUCUAUCUUGGUGGAGCUCCCAAUGCAUACUGGUUGGUCAGAUCAACAGGAACAAACAGAGGCUUUCAAGGCUGUGUGCAGUCGCUCACCAUUAAUGGGAAGAGAAUCGACAUGAGGCCCUGGCCCCUGGGAAGAGCAUUCGGUGGGGCCGACGUGGGGGAAUGCAGCAGUGGACUCUGUGACGAAGCCUCGUGUAUCAAUGGUGGCACCUGCAUGGCAGUCGACGCCGACUCCUACAUUUGCCUCUGUCCCCUUGGAUUUAAAGGGCGACACUGUGAAGAUGCUUUCACCCUGACCGUUCCUCAAUUCAGAGAGUCCCUGAGAUCCUUUGCUGCAGUGCCCUGGCCCCUGGAACCCCAGCAUUACCUUUCCUUUACGGAGUUUGAGAUCACAUUUCGGCCGGACUCGGGCGACGGCGUCCUCCUGUACAGCUAUGACACAGGCAGCAAAGACUUCCUGUCCAUCAGCAUGGCAGGGGGCCACGUGGAGUUCCGCUUCGACUGUGGCUCUGGGACCGGUAUUCUCAGGAGUGAAGAUCCCCUAACCCUAGGCCACUGGCAUGAGCUGCAUGUAUCUCGCACAGCAAAGAAUGGUAUCUUACAAGUGGAUAAGCAGAAGGUCGUGGAAGCAAUGGCAGAGGGAGGCUUCACACAGAUUAGGUGCAACACGGACAUCUUUAUUGGCGGAGUCCCCAAUUAUGAUGAUGUGAAGAAGAACUCAGGCAUCCUGAAGCCAUUCACCGGGAGCAUCCAGAAGAUCAUCCUGAACGACCGCACCAUCCAUCUGAGGCACGACUUCACGUGGGGUGUGAAUGUGGAAAAUGCGGCCCACCCCUGUGUGGGGGGCCCCUGCGCACACGGGGGCAGCUGCCGGCCCAGGAAGGAGGGCUACGAGUGCGACUGCCCCUUGGGCUUCGAGGGGCUGCACUGCCAGAAAGCCAUCACAGAAGCCAUCGAGAUCCCGCAGUUUAUCGGCCGCAGCUACCUGACAUAUGACAACCCAGAUAUCCUCAAGAGGGUAUCUGGAUCAAGAUCAAAUGCAUUCAUGAGGUUUAAGACAACUGCCAAAGAUGGUCUGUUGAUGUGGAGAGGAGACAGCCCCAUGAGACCCAACAGUGACUUCAUUUCCUUGGGCCUUCGAGAUGGAGCCCUGGUGUUCAGCUAUAACCUGGGCAGCGGCGUGGCAUCCAUCAUGGUUAAUGGCUCCUUCAAUGAUGGUCGGUGGCACCGAGUCAAGGCUGUUAGGGAUGGCCAAUCCGGAAAGAUAACUGUGGAUGACUACGGGGCCAGAACAGGCAAAUCACCUGGCAUGAUGAGGCAGCUCAACAUCAAUGGAGCUCUCUAUGUGGGUGGAAUGAAGGAAAUCGCUCUGCACACUAACAGGCAAUACAUGCGAGGCCUUGUGGGCUGUAUUUCUCAUUUCACCCUGUCCACCGAUUACCACAUCUCCCUCGUGGAAGACGCCGUGGAUGGGAAAAACAUCAAUACUUGUGGAGCCAAGUAACACCAGCUGGCCUUGCCCAAGGGACAUAGCCUUCUAUGCCGAGAAUCCCAGGGGCCCCAAGACCCUGCCUGACGCCAUACACAGAGGCACGGGGACCAGGUGUGUAUCUUCUCAUCAAGGAGAAAGUACCCCCUGAUGAGAAACUAGAACCAAGACAGGAGUCCCUGUGUGGCCUUUCCUGCUGACUCUCUGUGGGCCAAACCCAACGGAAUACUCUGUGUAGGAAGCAUCAAACUUUGUCCAUUGAAUGUGUAGGGGCUGCCAGAGAUCACACAUCGAUGCAAAUUCCAGAGCCUGUCUGCUGUAGCUCAAUGACUGUGUUGUGAUUCAUAGUGUAUAAAAAAAAAGAAAGGAAAAAAAAAUAGAGACCCAAAGGGCGGUAUUAAAAUACUUCCCUCCUUCCCUGACUCAUGACACUCUUACUGACAGCAGAAUAACUAUUUGACCUUGAACCUUGAAUUUCUCACCUUGGCCAAUGAAUUAUUAAUCCCUUCCACUCCUCAGUGGCUGGUUCAAUGUGCUCUGACUGUUCCAGGAAAAUAAGGUUGGGGGACAGCCGUGGAGUCACAGUAAUAAUGCCACCCCCCCCAAAGUUGAUCUUUAAUGAAAAAUCCCUACUUUUUAUAAUGCAAAUCUAAGAAAGUGGGCACCAUGAUUUUGUAGCUGUCUUUUUGUAUGUGUAUAUUUUUAUAGCUGCAGAUUGUCCACACCAUAUACUUUUGCAAGUUUGUGUGGACAACUCUGAAUUCUUUGCACAUUUCCUAAAAAUUUUCCCCCCAAAGAGACUUGUUCGGGCCCUUUGCGGCAUCCGUUGGAGUGGGAUGGUUAUCUUGAGGUGCGCACCUUGGGGAAGCUGACUAUUCUCUUACGGAAAAUGUGGAUGGCUCACGGAGAUGAACAUGAAGCUUCCAAAAUAAGAUUAACGGGCACGUGUUACUGAGGAGGGUCACUGUCAUUUUUAAGAGAGGGGGAACGUCUGUAGUGAACUUGAAUAAAAGAGAUGAAGAAGGCUAGA